AGGAAUAAAUUAGGAGGUAAAAACAGGAGAAAGUGAAGGGAGGAGCUUAUGUGGAAACAGAUCUAGAUAGUGUCCGUCUGCGUUCAAGGCUCAGAUGAAGUGUUUCCUUCAGGAAACUCAGAUGAAGGCAGGAAGUGUGUGAAGGCAGCAGCAUGGAUCAGUGUGAGGACGAGACAGUUCCUCUGGAACAGAAAAGAGGACAAGGAGCUCAGAGCAGUCAACUUCAAACACAUGACGAUGAGACUUCUCAGGACCAGGAUGACUCCAGGGAAGUGAUGACCUCCAGGAGUGACAACUAUACUGAGGUAAAAUGGUGGUUGAAGGACACUUUGGAGAGUUUGGACUCCAGGGGCUUGGAGGAAUUCCAGUGGUGCCUGGUGAAUGCAGAUGAAUCACAGGAUGGUUUCAACCCGAUCCCAGUGAGUUAUCUGGAGAAUGCGAACAGAUUGAAGACAGUAGAUCUCAUGAUGCAGAGGUUCUCCUCAAAGACCAGAGAGGUGGCCGAGACGAUUUUAAAGAAGAUGAAAAAAAAAACUGUUGUCCAGGAAGAUCCAGUCUCUCCAGCUGGUGCAACAGGUAUGGUAGUUGAAGUUUGUAAAAAGUUGAAGUCUAAGCUGCAGAAGAAGUACCAGUGUGUGUCUGAGGGGAUCAUUAAAGCAGGAAAGAAAAUCCUUCUGGAUAAGAUCUACACGGAGCUCUACAUUACAGAGGGAGGGACCGGAGAGGUCAAUGAAGAACAUGAAAUCAGAUAUAUUGAAGCAGUUUCCAGGAAACCAGAGAGAGCAGAAACAACCAUCAGACAGGAAGACAUCUUUAAACCCCCACCUGGAAGAGGGGGAUCAAUCAGAAUGGUGAUGACGAAGGGAGUGGCCGGCAUUGGGAAAACAGUCCUAACACAGAAGUUCAGUCUGGACUGGGCUGAAGGCAGAACCAACCAGGAAAUCCAGUUCCUGCUUCCAUUCACCUUCAGAGAGCUGAAUGUGCUGAGAGAGGAGAAGUUCAGCUUGGUGGAACUAGUGCAUCUGUUCUUCUCUGAAACCAGGACAAUCUGCAGCUUUGAAGAGUUGCAGGUCGUGUUCAUCUUUGACGGUCUGGAUGAGUGUCGACUUCCUCUGGACUUCCACAACUCUACAAUCGUCAGUGACCCCAGAAGGUCCACCUCAGUGGAUGUGCUGCUGACAAACCUCAUCAGGGGGAAACUGCUUCCUUCUGCUCGUCUCUGGAUCACCACACGACCCGCAGCAGCCAAUCAGAUCCCUCCUGAGUUUGACUAUGUUGACAUGGUGACAGAAGUCAGAGGGUUUACUGAUCCACAGAAGGAGGAAUACUUCAGAAAGAGGUUCAGAGAAGAGGAGCAGAACAGCAGGAUCAUCUCCCACAUCAAGACAUCACGGAGCCUCCACAUCAUGUGCCACAUCCCAGUCUUCUGCUGGAUCACUGCUACGGUCCUGGAGAACGUCUUGGAGAACGUCCUGGAAACCAGAGAGGGAGGGGAGCUACCCAAGACCCUGACUGAGAUGUACACCCACUUCCUGGUGGUCCAGGUCAAACUGAAUAAGGUCAAGUAUGAUGGAGGAGCUGCGACGGAUCCACACUGGAGUCUAGAGAGCAGAAAGAUGAUCAAGUCUCUGGGAAAACUGGCUUUUGAGCAGCUGCAGAAAGGAAACCUGAUCUUCUAUAAGAAAGACCUGAGAGAGUGUGGCAUCGAUAUCAGAGAGGCUUCAGUUUACUCAGGAGUGUUUACCCAGAUCUUUAGAGAGGAGAGCAAUCUGUACCAGGACCAGGUCUUCUGCUUCAUCCAUCUGAGUGUCCAGGAGUUUCUGGCUGCUCUUCAUGUCCAUCGGACCUUCAUUAAGUCUGGAGUCAACCUGCUGGAGAAACAAAAGAACAUCUUCAGGUGGUUUGAAAAAAUAGCUGUGACUAAGCUCCAUCAGACAGCUGUGGACAAGAGCUUACAGAGUCCAAACGGACACCUGGACUUGUUCCUGCGCUUCCUCCUGGGUCUUUCAGUGGACACCAAUCAGACUCUCCUACAAGGUCUGUUGAAACCAAAACAAAGAAGUUCACAGAACAAUCAGGAGACAGUUAAAUACAUCAAGAAGAAGAUCAGUGAGGAACUGUCUGCAGAGAGAAGCAUCAACCUGUUCCACUGUCUGAAUGAACUGAACGAUCGGUCUCUGGUGAAGGAGGUCCAAGAGUUCCUGAGGUCUGGACGUCUCUCCACAGAUGAACUGUCUCCUGCUCAGUGGUCAGCUCUGGUCUUCAUCUUACUGUCAUCAGGAGAUCUGGAGGAGUUUGACCUGAAAAAGUUCUCAGCUUCAGAGCAGGUUCUACAGAGGCUGCUGCCGGUGGUCAAAGCCUCCAAGAAAGUUGUACUGAGUGGCUGUAACCUCUCAGGGAACAUCUGUCCACUUCUGUCCUCAGUUCUCAGCUCUCAGUCCUCCAGUCUGACAGAACUGGACCUGAGCUACAACCACCUGCAGGAUUCUGGACUGAAGAAGCUGUGUCCUGGACUGGAGAGUCCACACUGUCACCUGGAGUCUCUCAGGCUGUCAGGCUGUCUGAUCUCAGAGGAAGGAAGUUCUUCUCUGGUCUCAGCUCUGACCUCCAACCCUUCCCACCUGAGAGAGCUGGACCUGAGCAACAACGACCUGCAGGAUUCUGGACUGAAGCAGCUGUGUCCUGGACUGGAGAGUCCACACUGUCAGCUGGAGUCUCUCAGGUUGAAUGACUGUCACCUCUUAGGGAACAUCUGUCCACUUCUGUCCUCAGUUCUCAGCUCUCAGUCCUCUAGUCUGACAGAACUGGACCUGAGCAACAAUGACCUGUGGGAUUCUGGACUGGAGCAGCUGUGUCCUGGACUGGAGAGUCCACACUGUAAACUGGAGUCUCUCAGGCUGUCAGGCUGUCUGAUCUCAGAGGAAGGAAGUUCUUCUCUGGUCUCAGCUCUGAACUCCAACCCCUCCCACCUGAGAGAGCUGGACCUGAGCUACAACCAUCCAGGGGAGUCAGCAGGGAAGCUUCUGUCUAGACUGGAGAAUCCUCGCUGGAGACUGGACACUCUCAGGGUGGAGCCUGCUGGACAACGAUUUCUGACACCAGGUCUGAGGAAGUAUUCCUGUCAACUCACCGUCGACACAAACACAGUUAACAACUUCAUCAAACUGUCUGACAAGAACAGGAAGAUGACGUCUGUGGGGAAGAAUCAGUCAUAUCCUGAUCAUCCAGACAGGUUUGGUCAUCUUCAUCGUCAGCUGCUGUGUAGAGAAGUUCUGACGGGUCGCUGUUACUGGGAGGUCCAGUGGAGCGGAGAGGUUUCUGUAUCAGUGAGUCACAGAAGAAUCAGCAGGGAAGGAGGCUCUGCUGACUGUAUGUUUGGAGGAAACGAUCAUUCCUGGAGGCUGGACUGUUCUCCAGGUCAUCAGUACCGUGUCCUUCACAAUAACAGAGAAACAUCCAUCACCUCCUCAUCUCCAUCUCCAGACUCUGGCAUAGCAGCAGUUUACGUGGACGUUCCUGCUGGAACUCUGUCCUUCUAUGAAGUUGUCUCUGACAGACUGAUCCACCUCCACACCUUCAACACCAGCUUCUCUGGACCUCUCUAUGCUGGAUUUAGACUCUACUGGCCUGAUUCUGGUUCCUCAGUGUCUCUGUGUCCAGUUUAGUCUCCAGAGUAUCCUGUCAGAGAAACUGAAACAUCUUCAGCAGUGAUGUUGUUGAUGAUCAGAGAGCAGUUACUGCUCAAACUCAUCCUGUCAGCUCCAGGUGACGUCUUCACUGUAGUUCCAUUAUCAACCUUGACUUGUCCGUUUGCAUUUACAUCUUUGUAAUAAAACCAGUGACCAUGAGAACAUGGUAAUGUGAUGAGCCAAGGUCAGACGGUAAAACGACGUCAUCUCCAGCUCUGUGAUGGAGAACGAUUGGUCCAUCACUGAUUCCUGCUGCAGAGAAAAACACUGAGAAAAGUUUACACAUCACACAUCAACCUGACCCUAGAAACAUAUUUAACCUACAUAUUUAGGUUUGUCAGCACAGAGAAGAGACUUCAACACAUAAUCUCUGGUGGAACAUUCAGAGUUAUGUAACGUGGUCUUUAAGUGGUCUGAUUGUAACAGAGGUGAGUUUUCUUUUUUAAAUAAAACACAUUUAGGUACACGACAACUUCCGAGUGGUUUUUACAGUCUUUUUAAAUCAACUUAAACCAUAAAACAUGAGUCAGAGUUGAUCUUUACCUUCAAAGUGAAGCAGUAAAGUGAUGAAGAGCUGCAGUCGUGGUGCCAUUCUGUCUCUGCUGGAUGAAACGAUGCUUCUCUCUGCUGCAGGUCUGUACGUGAAGGUGGAACUUCCUGUUUGUGAAGGUGGAACUUCCUGUUUGUGAAGGUGGAACUUCCUGUUUGUGAAGGUGGAACUUCCUGUUUCUGGGAGACUUAACCACUAAAACCAUCUUCACAGUAACACCUCUGACCCUGACGUGUCUUUGUUUCCUGAAAUAUGUGACAACAAGUCAAAGUUACAGGAAACAACCCUGAAUGUUUAAAAGUGAACAUGCAAAGCUGUUUCUGUAGAAUAUUUACUUUUGUUACACUUCAGUCGACCCUUAAGGUGGAUUUCUUGUAGAAGAGUGAUAGAUUUGGUUUCCAAUAAAAUAAUAAAAAAGAAAAAAUGAACAAAA